AUGUUCAGAGGCGCGACAAACCCAUACGACGAUAUUGCCACGGAUGAGAACCAGACAUCUGAGAACUGGGAAAUCAUCCUGAAUCUAUGUGACAAGGUCACAGACGAAGGAGAGCAAGGCGCGCGAAACGUCAUAGCCGCCUUGCUCAAGCGUUUGACCCAUCGGAAUGCAAACGUACAAUUAUACUCCUUGGCAGUUGCGGAAGCUCUCUCGAAGAACUGUGGUAUCGAGGUCCAUCGAGAGCUUGCCAGUCGCGCAUUUACACAAGGGUUGGAGAAACUUGUUACGGACAGGACUGGCCAUGACAAGGUCAAGAAGAAGGCGCUGUCGAUGAUCCAGAGUUGGGCCCAGGAGUGGGAAAAGGAUCCGUCAUUGGGGAUCAUGAACGAGUGCUAUGAGUCCCUCAAGUCGAAGAGCAAGUCUCCUUGA